UCAAGCACCCAACCAAACCAAACCCCAAAAAUCUAACCAAAGAUCACACAUGCUCCUGCACGCUCCAGAUUGCAGCCCAGCCACCCAAGCAAACGUGUCCAAUCCCUACGCUGCAUCACACCUGCAUCAUAUCAUACUGCAGAUAAUAUACAGCAUACUACUACCCCUCUGACCAAAAGAAAAAAGACCAAUCCGAUCGGCCAACAAAAAGAAAUCCCCAAUCCCUUCAUUUCCAGCGAAAUCUAAUAGCCUAAUCAUCUAAAAUUUGCCCCCGAGCGUAGCAGCAGUAGUAAUGAGGAAAAGAAAACGAAAAGCGCCAAGAAAACAACGCACCAACCCAUCCAUCCAUCCACAGAAGCAGCAGCGAGCAGCAUCGGUUCAAGAUAGAUAGAUGUGAGAGGAGGAGGAGGGGGAAGGAGGAGGAGGCAAAAUCCGAGGAAAAGUCUCGAGCCCCCACUGCUGCUGCUGCUGCUUGGCCGAGGGGAGGAGAGGGGGGAACACAAAAAAAUAAAUCAUAAUCUCUCCCCGGUCGCAUCGAGGUUUCGGGUCUCUCUUGCAGCCGUCAAAAUCCAAUCUUGGCGCAUCCAUUCCAUCCCCCCGAACAGUUCCUGCGCCUGCGCUCUGGUAAUAAUUGUCAGCUGCUACUGCUGCUGGUUUGGGUUUGGUGGUUGGUUGGUUGGUGCUCUGAUUGGUAAUCGGGGCGUUUAGUUUCUGGGAUUAGUCUCGGAUUUGUGGAGGAUUCUUGGAUUCAUUCGUGCCAAAGAUUUGUUUUUUUUUUGUUGUUUUGGUUUUGGGCGUGGGUUGCUGCUCGGCUCGAUCGGGAUGGAUGCGGGGUGGGUUGGGCUCGCGUCCAAUUCGCCGCCACCACCACCACCACCACAAGUACGCUUCUUUUUUAUUGUUUCCGGAGUGGGAUUUGCCUUUGCGUUGUAGAGCUAUUUCGGCAAUCGCUAGGGCUCCGUGUUCUCGCCCCACUUUACUCUUCUUUUUUCCCCUUUGCCCCUCAAAUCGAAUCCUCCCUUGACUCCCCUCCUCCCCGGCGCCGUCGGAGCGAUCUGGGAGCCGUCGAUUCCGGCCGCGCAGCCUCCGAUUCGGCCUCAAAAUCGCGUCUUGGAGGGUUCCAUGAGGGUGUGAGGGUGAACUGUUCUGGUGGUGGUGUUGGCCUGUUGUUUUGCUCCGGCCAUGUCGCAAAUCCAGAGCUUCUCGCGGCAGAACUGCGUGCUCCUCGCGGUGCUGUGCGGGAAGCACGCCGAGAAGCGUCCCCAGGCGAGGCCGGGGCAGGGACCGGAGGCGAAGCGGCUGCGGCCGUCGUACCCGUUCCCUGAGCUCAGCUCGUCGGGGAGAUUGGAGGUGCACACGCUGUUCAAUCCAACACCUGAGCAGUUCCUGGAGGCGCAGCGCAUGGUGCAGCCCAACUUCUUGUACAUCCAGGGGCAACAGCUUGAGGAUGAGAAGGAGAUAGGCUCGCUCGUCUGGGGGGACAACGACGUAUCUGAUCCGCAGGCGUUUAGUUGUCUCAUCAGUCCACCAUUCCCCACCAUAGUUUAUCUGGAGGUUCCAAUUGGUGAAAAACUUGCUCAAGCAGUUCAUUCAAAGGGGAUUCCAUACGUGAUAUACUGGAGAAAUUCAUUUUCAUCCUAUGCAGCAUCCCAUUUUCGCCAUGCAUUAAUGUCAGUAGUUCAAAGUUCGGUGAGCCAUACUUGGGAUGCUUUUCAGCUUGCUCAUGCAUCCUUUCGAUUAUACUGUGUAAGAAACAAUCAUGUACAAAGUGUUAAGCUCGGGCCUCGUCUAUUAGGGGAUGCUCCAAAGAUAAAUAUAACCCCUCCUGAGAAUGAAAUGGUUGAUGAGGAAGGUUCUUCAGAAGUGUUUCCGGCUAUAAAAAUUUAUGAUGAUGACAUCAACAUGAAAUUUCUUCUCUGUGGAGUUCCAAGCACACUGGAUCCUUGUUUAUUGGGUUCAUUGGAAGAUGGCUUGAAUGCACUUCUGAAUAUUGAAAUUCGUGGGUGCAAACUUCAGAAUCGGAUCAGUGCUUCUCCGCCACCACUACAUGCUGCAUCCUUACCACGUGGAAUGGUUACGAUGCGUUGUGAUAUCACUACUUGCAGUUCUUCUCAUGUGUCACUUCUUGUUUCUGGUAGUGCACAAACUUGUUUUGAUGACCAGAUGUUGGAAAGCCACAUCAAAGAUGAGAUCAUCGAGAAGAGCCAACUAGUCCGUGCUCUCCCAAAUAAUGAUGAUAAGUUAGCAUCAAGUGUGCCUUUGACUUCAAUGUCAACAGCUUGUGGGGCUUCUACCUUUGAAGUAUGGAUGACCCUUCCUAAGUGGGCAGCACAGGUUCUGAAGCAUUUAGCACCAGAAAUCUCAUACAGGAGCUUAGUUGCAGUUGGAAUUGGUUGUAUAAAUGGAACACCUGUUGCUUCAUUCGAUAGGCGAGAUGCAGAUCGCCUUCUUUUCUUUUGUACAAAUCAACACAAAGAUUUGGCUAUUGAAAAUGGUCCGUACUUUCAUCUGCCAAGAUGGUCGGCAUCUCUUACCAAGGAAAGAGUGAAGAUGGGUCUGGAAUCGAAACCAAAUUUGUCAGGUGUGAAUGGAAUUCCUGAGGACAAGAAACAUCUGAUGGAAGGACCAUCGUCAUCCUCCAAAGCAAAACUGAAGCCUGCAACUAUGAAACCUAUUCCCCACUCUAGAAAGCAACAAAUGCAUCCUUUUAUGGGUUUUGCUGAAGCUACUGUUCAUGAACCUAGUCAGGCUAAGCCAAACUUGCCAGUUGCUCCUCCAGUGAAGCAUAAUUCAGUACCUGCUGCUCCAACAACACAUAGAAAAUCGGUGUCAGGUCCAUCUCAUGCUCAGUCAAUCAUUCAACUGAAUCCACUGCCACUAAAGAAACAUGGAUGUGAUCGGUUGCCUAUCCAGAUGUGCUCUGAGGAGGACUUCUUGAAGGAUGUAAUGCAGUUCUUAAUUCAGAGGGGUCAUAAUCGACUCGUACCUCAUGGAGGACUAGCUGAAUUUCCUGAGGCCAUCCUUAAUGCGAAGCGCCUUGACCUAUAUAACUUGUACAAAGAGGUGGUAUCCAGGGGUGGCUUUUAUGUAGGCAACGGUAUAAACUGGAAGGGCCAAGUCUUCUCAAAGAUGCGUAACCAUACUGUGACAAAUAGAAUGACAGGUGUUGGAAACACACUGAAAAGACAUUAUGAAACAUACUUACUGGAAUAUGAGCUAGCUCAUGACGAUGUAGACGGGGAAUGCUGUUUACUUUGCCACAGUAGCGCUCCUGGAGAUUGGGUGAACUGUGGUUUAUGUGGUGAGUGGGCACAUUUUGGUUGCGACAGACGGCAAGGCCUUGGCACUUUUAAGGAUUAUGCAAAGACAGAUGGGUUGGAAUACAUCUGCCCUCACUGUAGUCUAGCAAACUAUAAGAAGAAGCCUCCUCCUCCCCAAAAGGUAGCUAAUGGCUUUGCGAAUACAGUGUCUGUAUCACGAAAUGUUUAAUUUUCCUUUGUUUUUUUUUGCCCUGUGUUUCGGGGGAGAAGAGCAGUAGAGUAGAGAAUAGGCAGGCUGCUGAUAGAGAGGAAGGUGUGUAGUGUUGAUCUGUAUUAUCCUAUUAUAUUUUGGGUUCAGCUUAGGAGCUUAAGUUUUAUAUAGAAUGUAACAACUGACAACACAGAUAAGCUACUACGGUAGCUGGUCAAAUUAAGUUGAGAGCCUGUUGAUAUA